AGAUAGUUUCUCGUGGCCACGAGAUAGUUUCUCGUGCGCACGAGAAAGCAUUGGAUGCGUGCGCGUGGUUUGAGGUGUGUGUUAAAAUGGCAGUUCAGGAGUUAAUUCGGCUGUAUUUCCAACUCGGACUUCAUUGUAAGGACAUUGCUUCUUUGCUUGCAAGUCGUCAUCGGUAUAUUGUGUCUGAAAGACAUUUAAAACGAAUUAUGAAGGCAUGUAGUUUGUUUCGGCGCAAAGGAUACACCUCUUUGGAUCGCGUGGUAGAUUUCAUUCAGCAGCAGUUACAAACAAGUGGCCUGCUGUGUGGAUAUAGGUGGAUGUACACUAAAUGCAAGGAGGAUGGAUUACACGUCAAGAAAGAAGAAGUACGCUUAAUUCUUAAAGAACUUGACCCGAGGGGUGUUGAACUCAGAGCAAGGAGACGGCUCCAUCGUCGCAACUAUUUCGCAAAAGGGCCCAAUUAUAUUUGGCACUUUGACUCUUAUGACAAACUGAAACCAUUUGGUAUCUGUAUAAACGGCUGUAUUGACGGAUUCUCCCGGAAAAUUAUCUGGAUGAAUGCAUUUACGACCAGCAGUGACCCAAAAAUCAUUGGAGGCUACUAUAUGGAGGCAGUGAAGAAAUUUGGUGGUUGUCCGAGGAUUGUCAGAGGCGAUCGGGGCACUGAAAAUGUUAAAGUCGGAGACUUUCAGCGUUUUCUCCGUCGCAACAUUGAUGACGGUUCUGGUAUUGACAGCUACAUCGAAGGGGCAAGCACACCAAAUCAGCGCAUAGAGAGUUGGUGGGGUUUCCUCAGAAGAGAAUCAAUGGAGUUCUAUAUCUCUAUGUUCACUGACCUGAAGGACCGUGGUUUGUUCGGUGGUACAUACUUGGACCGAGGUCUAAUUCAGUUCUGCUUUAUGAGCUUCAUUCAGGAUGAAUUAGACGAGACCAUCAAUGUGUGGGAUGCACAUGUCAUCAGACCAUCAAAGAAUGACAGGGUGCCCAGUGGUCGCCCCCGAAUCAUGUACAUGUUCCCAGAACAAAUUCUUUGCGAAACUCAGGGUAUGUGAUGUAAGUGCAUGGUAACUCAAGAACUGCUCCACAUGUGUGUGCUACAGGCCUGCGACUUAAACCACACAAUGUGUUAAAAAUGACUUCAAUUGUGUCUUUGCACAGCACAGUAGAUCCUGUGCAGAAGCGUAAGAAAAUCUCCAAUUUUCUUUGGUCGAUGCUUCUCACAUACCGUAGCAGGUGGUUAAGAGCAGUCUGCUCUUGUGGAUUUAGGCUUUCAAGUGAUGGUUUUAUCAUCUGGGCCACUUUCUUGUUAGUUGGCCUCUUAGAGUCAUAUAUCUCCAUUAUGUUGUCUGUGGUUAUGAGCGUUGGCAUAGCAUUAUGAACACUGGAGUGGAAACAGUCAAUUAUAAACUUUGGCUCUUGAAGAAGAGCUUUGUGGGCCAUUGUUAAAAUAGCAGCCCGUAAAUUGUUUUUAGGGGGCAGGCAGUGUGAGCCCAUUCUGGAGAAGACAUCAAGUAAGUCCUCCUCAACAGUUUCAUCAAUGGUACCCUGUAGUGCUUUUUCAAGCGACACACGCUCAUUUUCUGAAAGAAAUCUGGCAAAUGACAUCAUUAAUAGUUCUUCAUCCACUGAGCUAACUCCUUUACAACAGGCAAGAACAAAGGCUGGUGACAAUCUGAUUGGUAGGAUUUUGUGGUCCAGGUAUCCUUUCAACCACACUCUUCCGAGCGCUUGCCAUUUCUUCUCAGAAUAGUCUGGUCGUAGCCUGGGUACUCGUUCAUCUUCCCCCUCACACUGGUCCAAGAAGUGGUCCCAGAAUGCGGAGUACGCCUCUCUUGACACACCAUCACUGUCCAUAGCUUUCUCAUUUGUAAACUCCAUUCUUAGACGAGCAUUCAGUACUUUUGGAUCCAUGAAGACAUUAAGGACAUCAUCAACUAUGUUUACUCGUCUUAAUUUCAAAAUAAGGAUUUCUUUGUCAAAUGGAUCUGGUGAUGCUGGAAGGCAGCUUGAUGAUACAGGACCAUCAUUGA